AUGGCAGCGAGCUGCGUGCAGGCUGCCAUGGCUCUGGGGCUCUCCUCCAAGAAAUCCUCCUCCAGGAACAUCGCCGUGGAGAGGAAAAACCUCAUCACCGUCUGCAGGUUCUCGGUGAAGACUCUGCUGGAGAAAUACACGGCGGAGCCCAUUGACGACUCCUCCGAGGAGUUUGUUAACUUUGCCGCCAUCCUCGAGCAGAUCCUCAGCCACCGCUUUAAAGCCCCCGACCGCAGCCCCUCGGUCCCCCCAGGCCCCGUCAGCUGGUUCAGCUCAGAUGGGCAACGCGGGUUUUGGGACUACAUCCGCCUGGCCUGCAGCAAGGUCCCCAACAACUGCGUCAGCAGCAUCGAGAACAUGGAGAACAUCAGUACCUCCAGGGCCAAGGGCCGGGCCUGGAUCCGCGUGGCGCUGAUGGAGAAGCGCAUGUCCGAGUACAUCUCCACGGCCCUGCGGGACACACGGACCACCCGGCGGUUUUACGAUGACGGGGCCAUCAUGCUGCGGGAUGAGUCCGUGGUGCUCACGGGGAUGCUCAUCGGGCUCAGCGCCAUCGACUUCAGCUUCUGCCUGAAGGGCGAGGUGAUGGAUGGUAAAACACCCGUGGUCAUCGACUACACACCCUACCUGAAGUUCACGCAGAGCUAUGACUACCUGAGCGAGGAGGAGGAGCGGGGCAGCGUGGAGAGCAGCACGAGCGAGGACAGCUCCCCUGAGCACCCCUACCUGCCCCUGGUCACCGACGAGGACAGCUGGUACAACAAGUGGCGCAAGAUGGAGCAGAAAUUUCGCAUCGUUUAUGCCCAAAAGGGGUACCUGGAGGAGCUGGUGCGGCUGCGGGAGUCGCAGCUGAAGGACCUGGAGGCGGAGAACAAGCGGCUGAAGCUGCGCCUGGAGGAGGUGAUGGUGCAGAACCAGCUGGAGAAGAGGGAGCUGGAGGGCGUCAUCCUGGAGCUGCAGGAGCAGCUGACGGGGCUGAUCCCCUGCGAGAACCCGCAGCUGGCCCAGCUCUCCAAGGAGAUGGUGACGCCCCUGGUGAACCAGUGGCCCUCGCUGGGGACCCUCAACGGCAACGAGAGCGGCUCGGACAGCAAGCUCUACAGGAGGCACAGCUUCGUGAGCACCGACCACCUCUCGGCCGAGAACAGCCUCAGCUCCGACUCCCAGCGCCUGGGCGAGGGCAAGCGCGAAGGCGAGCCCUGGGGGCCCUUGGGGAAGGACCCCACACCCUCCAUGCUGGGGCUCUGCGGCUCCCUGGCCUCCCUGCCCAGCUGCAAGUCCCUGGCCAGCCUCAAGUCCAACGAGUGCCUGGUGAGCGACAGCACCGAAGCCAGCCCGACCCGCAGCCCCAGCUGA